AAUAGAUAGAUUAGCUUCUUGUCUCAAUUGAUUCCUUGAUCUAUUACUCAUUUUUGUUUUUUUCCUGUGUGUUUGUCUGUUGAGUUCCAUGGAUCAAGGACGCUGAGGAAGGAUCGUGAAAGGAGAGGAUGACAUUUACUAGAUGGCAUUUACUAGAGCAAUACAGAGAUUUCUCUCCUCAUUCACGGUCGACGAAUACCUUCGGCUCGCUGAAACUACAAGUCGGUCAUGUUUGGAGAAUUUUGUGGAAGGAAUAAUUCAAUUGUUCGGCGAUGAGUACUUAAGAAGACCAACACCGACUGAUCUUCAACGUCUACUUUAUAUUGGAGAGAUACGUGGAUUUCCCGGGAUGAUAGGAAGCAUCGACUGUAUGCAUUGGGAGUGGAAGAAUUGUCCCACCAGUUGGAAAGGGCAAUAUUCUCGAGGUUCGAGUAAACCAACUAUCGUUUUAGAGGCGAUUGCUUCAUAUGAUCUCUGGAUAUGGCAUGCAUUUUUUGGACCUCCAGGUACCUUAAAUGAUAUAAAUGUUCUUGAUCGUUCACCUGUUUUUGAUGAUAUAAUUAACGGUCAAGCUCCGCAAGUCACUUACUCCGUCAAUGGAAGAGAGUAUCAUUUGGCUUAUUAUCUCACCGAUGGUAUUUAUCCGAAAUGGGCAACUUUUAUCCAAUCUAUUCCACUACCACAAAGUCCGCAAGCAGUUUUAUUUGCUAAACGUCAAGAAGCUGUCCGAAAAGAUGUCGAGCGUGCUUUUGGAGUCUUGCAAGCUCGCUUUGCUAUUGUUAAAAAUCCAGCACUUUUUUGGGAUAAAGUCAAAGUUGGAAAGAUUAUGAGAGCAUGUAUCAUACUCCAUAAUAUGAUAGUAGAAAAUGAACGGGAUGAUAUGAUAGUAGUAGACGAACAAGAUGUAUACACUCACUAUGAUGUUUCAGGGUUCCAACAAGGAGAAGACACCGGAAGUUCAGAUGUCGAUCUCACGUUUUCUACAGAUACCCCUUCAAGGAUCGCCGAUAUGAUGCGUAUGGAAACUACAAUUCGUGAUAGUCAAAUGCAUCAACAACUGAAAGCUGAUUUGGUAGAAAAUAUAUGGCGUAGAUUUGGACAUGAUGGAGACAACAACUGAUCUCGGGACAAGAUUUCAAAUUAUUCUCGUUUAUUUAUUAAUGUUUGUUUUUAUGUUUUUAUUUAAAUCUAUGUUUUAAAUGUUAUCUUUUAAUAUGUUUUAUAUAAUAAAUAAAUAAAUUUUAUCUUAAAUAAA